GAACAUGGCGAAAGCCGGCGAAAAGAGUGUGGCUGGCGGGAAGCAAGGCUUGAAGAGGAAAGCCGUCGCCGAAGAGCCUCAGGAGGCUGCGGUCGCGGACGAUGGGACGGCGGAGAGCGGGGCGCAGCCCCGGAAAGCGGCCGCCUUUCCCCCGGGCUUCAGUAUCUCGGAGAUUAAGAACAAACAGCGGCGACACUUGAUGUUCACGCGGUGGAAACAGCAGCAGCGCAAGGAAAAGUUGGCAGCUAAGAAGAAACUUAAAAAAGAGAGAGAGGCUCUUGGUGAUAAGGCUCCACCGAAGGCUAUUCCCAAGACCAUUGACAACCAACGAGUGUACGAUGAAACCACAGUAGACCCCAAUGACGAAGAGGUGGCUUAUGAUGAAGCUACAGAUGAAUUUGCUUCCUACUUCAACAGGCAGACAUCUCCUAAGAUUCUCAUCACGACAUCGGAUAGACCUCAUGGGAGAACAGUACGACUCUGCGAGCAGCUCUCGACAGUUAUACCAGAUUCACACGUGUAUUACAGAAGAGGACUGGCUCUGAAAAAAAUUAUUCCACAGUGCAUUGCAAGAGAUUUCACAGACCUGAUCGUUAUUAAUGAAGAUCGUAAAACACCGAAUGGCCUUAUUUUGAGUCACUUGCCAAAUGGUCCAACUGCUCAUUUUAAAAUGAGUAGUGUUCGUCUUCGUAAAGAAAUUAAGAGGCGAGGCAAAGACCCCACAAAACAUGUUCCCGAGAUAAUUCUGAAUAACUUUACAACACGGUUAGGCCAUUCUAUUGGACGCAUGUUUGCUUCUCUCUUUCCUCAUAAUCCUCAAUUUAUUGGAAGGCAGGUUGCCACCUUCCACAAUCAGCGGGAUUACAUCUUCUUCAGGUUUCACAGAUAUAUAUUCAAGAGUGAAAAGAAAGUGGGAAUUCAGGAACUUGGACCACGUUUCACCUUAAAAUUACGCUCUCUUCAGAAAGGAACCUUUGAUUCGAAGUAUGGCGAAUAUGAGUGGAUCCAUAAGCCACGGGAAAUGGAUACAAGUAGAAGAAAAUUCCAUUUAUAACGUACUAAGGGAGUAGUAGUGGAUUUUGCUGGACAGACCUGUCUUGAAAAUCUUGGUAAAUUAUUUAACAAAACACCCUUUUCAAAAUGGAAUUUAUUGAUUUUAUAAAUCUUACAUUUGAACAAAUGACCAGGUGCCAUGAAUUUCCACUGUUGAAAAAUAAAUGUAAUUUUGGUGAAAGUCCUAAAACUUGUCAUUUCAGAUUAGCUGUGAAUAAUUCUGUUGGAAUGAAGAGUCAAACUUUCUAAUAUGCACUCCCAAAGGAUUUACAGGCUAGAAGUAUUGUUGGUAGAUAGUGUGUAGCCCUGAUUUAAUACACCAGUCCUGGAGGCCAGAUUCGCAGGACUUGGCACCAAGACACAGGUCACUGGAGUUAAAUCUUUCAGUUCCUGUUUUCUUGCUCCUUUUAACCUAAUCACCGUCUACUAUCCUGCUUCAUUCAGAUACUGUCUCGAUUUCU